GCCGAAGCUCAGGAGCUAUAUUAACAACAUGCGCUGCCGUUCGUCUUCAUGAAUGGACAAUUCUUCAAUUCUUCAAUUCUUCCAAGGACAGAUUCGUUCUCGCUAUGAUUGUACAAGCACCUCGUUCUGCAGUUCGAAGACUGUCUAGAAGUAUCCGACUCUUCCAAUCGCAUUCUACCCAUCCUACCACCCCCGGUCACCGCCAUCUCCACGUCUCUGCACCACGCUCCACCGAUGGUGUCUUCCGUGCCCUCACCGAGAACCGCGUUCAAACACCAUGGAUAGAAGCUUUGCGAUCCAAGCAGGCUGGCGGGCCAGACCCAUCACAGUCUACCGGAAAGGCAGAAACCCCAAGAGACCGCGAACUCACGCCGAAGCGCAUGUCGGAUAGCUAUCACAGCGUCAUACUUCCUCUCGCCCAAGAUCCAUGGCUACUCGAUACCUACCUGAAUGCCGCCGGGCACAUACGUCUUGGAACGAUCCUCAUGGAUCUAGACGCCCUCUCAGGAGUGAUUGCAUAUAAACAUACGGGAGACGGCGUCACUACAGUCACUGCCGCCUGCGAUCGUAUCACAAUCAAGCACCCCCUGACGGAGAUAUGCGACCUGGAAUACAGCGGUCAGGUCACAUAUGCCACUGGCAGGAGCAGCAUGGAGAUAUCACUCCAAGUCGCCAGGGCGCCAAAGGACGGCGAAAAGGUCAAGGACGAGGACGUCCUGCUACACUGCACAUUCACAAUGGUCUCCCUCGACCCAGGCACGAAGAAACCCGUAAACAUCAACCCAAUCACCCCCUCCACCCCAGAAGAACACCGCCUCUUCGCCGCCGGCGCCCGCAACUCCAGCGCCCGCAAACAGCAAGCCCAAACCGCCCUCCUCAAACACACCCCCAACGACCUCGAAUCCGACAUCAUCCACCACAUGUGGCAGAAACAACUCCAAUACCACGACCCCUCCGACGCCCUCCGCCGGCCCGACAACCUCACCUUCAUGGACGCCACCGUGCUCCGCACAACCUCCAUCAUGCAGCCCCAAUUCCGCAACCGCCACCACUUCAUGAUCUUCGGCGGCUUCCUCCUCAAACAGACCUUCGAACUCGCCUUCUGCACCGCCGCCCAGUUCGCCCGCUCCCGCCCCACCUUUGUCUCCCUCGACCCGUCCGCCUUCCUCAACCCCGUCCCCGUCGGCUCAAUCCUCUACCUCACCGCCACAGUCGUCUACACCGACCCGCCCCUCGUGCCCGCCACCGACGCCGAGGCCGAAGACGCCCGCUCCUCAUCAGCCAGCGCCCAUCAUACCCGCGUGCAAGUCCGCGUCGACAGCAAAGUCCGCAGCGUCGAGCACGGCGAGGCCAAGCCGACCGGCCAGUUCCAUUUCACGUUCCAUGUCGAGGGCAACGGCCGCGUCAUGCCGCGCACGUACACGGAGUAUAUGAUGUAUAUCGAUGCCAGGCGACGCGCGAAGCGUGUGGCGGAGAGCUUGGCGGAGGAUGCGCCGCUGGUGGCGCGACGGAUUGGGAGUUUGGAUAGUGUUACGGAGUGAUGGUGGUGGUGGUGGUGGUGGAUGGGGACUGUUUGUACUCGUGUACUAUGAAAGUUGUACAUAUUCAGGGCGCGCAUAUGGGAAUAGAGAAUUUGUGAGACACAUAAUUACAUGCUGAACUGCGCAGAUCAUGUCUCAAGUCAGACGUGCAAUCCAUAGAUACGCUACCAAAGACCCAGCAAAACAGAAACAGGAGCACACUAUGCUAUCAAACCCCCUUUUCGACUCCUUUUCGAGAGACCCCUUUUCAACAGGGGCUGCCUCAAAAUCACAUGUCAACGCACACCAGCCCGGUUCAAGAAUGCACGUGAAACGCAGUCAUAUACAUCACAGUAGUGUUUUUGUGUUCUUUCCCCUACUUUUU